UGAAUUUGUGUCCUUAAACAGCGAAUGGUUGGUUACAGGUCGAAAAUCCAGUCGUAGUUUGUCAUUACACAACGGUAAAAGCAAUAUCGCAGAUUCUGUUGCAAUUAUUAAAUGUGAAAUAGUUUAAUAUUUUCUUCCAACACGCCAUCAACAAUUUUUCUGAAGAAAAGCGACAAAUUUACAUUUUCGUCAAAAAGAUAUUUCCAUCCGUCUAUGAAAAUUCCAGUGGAAAUCAAUGCGAGGCUUGGGAACUAUUAUGAUCUGUGCUUACCCCCCGGAAGGAUGCAUGUCACGUUCGAUCAACUGACUGGUGACACAAUGACACUGUCAUUCUGAUUAACCAAAAACACUCGAUUGUUGUAAGGCAAUUGUCCUUCGUUCAAGUAAAACUAUGCAACGGAAUAUCAUGCGAGUAUGCAGCCUACUGUAAAAUCAGGACCCUUGUUGUUUUCAAGAAAAAGGCCAUGAUCAAAGUAACGAUUCCACUCUCUUGAAUGAGCGACUGCUGGAGGACGUUGAGCUCAAUCGUGCCUUCACCACCUGGCAGGAAUCUCACUGAUUUUGGCCUGCAGUAAAGCAACAGUUCCUUCGUUAACAAAACCUCUGAUCUACUUGAAGGAAGAUAUGUUGGAAAUUGCCGUAAACAAUGAAGUUAACACUAAACGACUUGACGAUGGUAAAAAGAAAGGGGUACACCUGCCAAGUGUAAAUGACCAUCGUGUUUUAUUGUGUGUAGUUGAUCCAACUACAAAUCAUAAGAAGCGUGACCUUGACGUGGCUGACACCCGCCAAUACGAUGAUGACAAAAAAGCAGAAGAAUUGAAAUUUGAAGAAAACCCCGUCAGUGUCAUGACAUUAAGUAACAUUGGUAGCAAUUCCGUAAACGAAAUGGCCAUUGACAGCGAAAGCAACGACGGUACAGUUAAUGGGGCAAACGAUAAAGACGAUGUCACAUCAGUUAGUUCCAAUCAGGAUUUGCAAAAGGCGAUUGAGGAACUUGAUAGGGCAGAAGAAGAAAAUGAGGACCCUGAUGCAGAUAAACAAGAUUCAAAUAAAUGCAAAGCAAGAAACAGAGGGGCAAAAAGAAGGAAACGAACAACAUGGAGAGGUGAUCAAAAUAAACGAAAGCCUUCAAAAACAAGACCACCAAGAUCUGAGAUGUCACACGAGGACCUUCUUAAACUAAGGGAAAAAGAGAGAAUAGCCCAGCAGCUAAGAAGAGAAAGAUUAAAAAGAUUGGAGGAGAAUAAUUUGGAAAUGCUGAAAGGAAGAACGAAAAAAACUGCUGCUUCAAAAUCACCAGCUCAACUCAGCAUUAGGCAGGGCAAAGAAAGGUCAUCGUCAAGCAGCAGAUCUUCCAGUGAAGAUAGCAAAAUCGAGUCUAUUGCAGAGUCAAAAGCUGGAAAAAACACGCCAGUAUUGACGUCGCUCGUGGAAAGCAAUCCUUGGGAUGAGGUCAAGGAGGAAGAUUUUGAGAAAGAUUUUGGGGAGUCGCAGUCCACGUGUGACUCAAGUUUCUUGGAAGCUUAUGACAGCUCUUUUUCCUCUGCAUCUCCAUUACCAAACGACAAGAGACCUCUGAAUCAAAGCCCAGCUAAUCCGAAACUUAGCUACAUGUCGGCACUGGGCCUGCAGUGCAAUAUGAGGAUUCCCGAUGAUGCUUGCAUUCUGAGAACGGGUUCCUACGUUGCUAGCUUGUCUGGCAGGGGUUAUUCACUGAUGCAAGACGAGGGAAUGUCAGCAGCUACAUCGGCAACUGUUGAAUUCAGAACUACAGAAUACGACACAAAGAGUGUGUAUUCAAAUCCAUAUGGAAAAAAGAGGCCUGUUGAUGAUAACUCUGCGCAAAAUUGGUCUGAAGAGUCUUCUGAUUCUUCAGAGAAAAAAGACUUCUCAGCAGGCCAGCCAAGAAGAUUGCAGAGGAGCAAUCUUUCCAAAGAAGAGCUAGACAGGCUAAGGGAGAAAGAAAGAAUGGCUAAAAGAAAACAGAGAGCAAAGAGCAAAAGGGCUUUCUCGAAAGAUGACCUGGAGAUUUCCGCACCAGAUGGCGAGACUGGUUCAAACACAUCUAUCUGCUUUGUUUCACAACACGAAAGCUUGUUUGAUAGCCAAAAUGAAAGCUAUAACGACGCGAAAGACACAGAAAUGGGGGUUAUGAACGAAGAUGUCCCCAAUGAUGAUCACUUCAAGCAAACAAGCUCACAAGCAGAGAAGAGUGCAAAGGAUUGCCAGCCUUUGGAUGGGAUCGACAGUAGCGAAACCUCGCCAAGGUCAAGUGACGGGAAAAGGGUGAAGUUUGGAAGGUUUUAUGACCGAUCGUUGCUCACAGCAGAGGAACUUGAAAGCUUGCGAAGAAGAGAGAGAGAGUACCAGCGUAGGCGGAGGGCACGUCUGAGGGAAGAAAAGUUCAAGGCCUCAGGGGAAAUCCAACCCACAAAGAAACAAGCUGAUAGAAUCCCGAGUUGCAGCAAUGAAGAAAAGUUUGUAGAUGAUUCAAAUAGAAAGUAUGAGACUAGAAUGUCCAAAGGUAUAAGUCGCCCCAGCUUGCGUUUCUUGGAGCAUAGCUCAACCUCCUUUGUAGAGAGUGAGAUUACAGAUCAAAGAGACGAUAGGGAGUGUCCUGCAGGGCUUGAAUGGAGAGGAGCAAUUGAUCGUUCGCCAUUAAAUUAUAAAUGCGAAAUGUCUAUGGUUCAUCAAGCAGACUUUUUUACCAAUGGCCAAAGCCUGCCACAAACCGACUACACAGGCACUGAGUUGCCUCACAAUGCCCGUGCAGGUGAUUACAAUUAUUGUUCUAAUUCAAAUGAUCAUAUGAUAAUUAAAACGGAACGCGAGAAUGUCGCAGAUACAGUUAAAAAUUCAUUUACCGACGAAGGUGUAAAUCAAAAGAGCCUUAAUGGUAUUACUGACAAUGAGAAAGGAAGUGCCCAUGACUUUGCUGGAGCGUUUAAAGUGGUCUCUAAAGAAUCAAGCAACGAUAAUGAAGUCAAAAGACAGUAUCAGACAAUAGAUAGAAUGUAUUCUGAAAGGCCAGUCAUCGUGGCAAACGCAGUUAGCCGUCGCAGUCCCCUUUCUGAAGCACUGUACGCUUCUGAUUAUAAAAUUUUGCAAGAGAAUGGUUAUCGUUGCACGAAAAGUGAGCCCGACUUUGAUAGUCGGUUCUAUGAGUUGCCAGGGAACCGGAGAAUUUAUCAUUCAUCGUGGCUAAGUCAGUGUAGGCCAUGUGAACAAGUGAGGUGUACUAACGGGGAAAAUGGAAACAGCCACGCAGACGCGGAGCUGAAUAUCGAUUCCAAUGUAGAAACAUGCGAGUCAGAUACUAACAAGUCAGCAAAGAUAGUCACCAGAAACGACGGUAAUCAGAAAUGGCGCAGUUGGAAAAGUGGCCUGACUGAUUCACAGUUGCAAAGGAGACGGCAGUCCAAUCGCGAAGCUCAAAGGAGACGAAGAAUGCGCUUGAGAUUAAUGCAAAUGAAGUCAGUGCAAGAGCAAGAACAGAUAUCCUUUGAUGAAGUGAUGUAUAAACGAUUUACUCCAAACAAACGAAUGAUGGUGAACGAGGCUAUUAAAGCCUUCCAUGCUUCAAAAAGCAAAUUGAAAAAUAUGCUAGAGAAGAGACAAAAGGUAUUUAUGGAAGCUCAAAUGGAAAAAUGUAAAAAUGAAGUUGAUUUUAAAGUGCCAGGCAACAACCCACCUGAUAUACGGAAAAGUCGCGGAUGUCGAAUAAAAGUCACCCCAAAACGAGAGGUGGUUGUCCCAACCAUGGGUUUCACAGCAAAUGGAGAUAUUGUUCCUGAUAAGGCUGGUCCUACAAACGGUGCAAUGUCGUACCAAGCCUUCCAACCACGCCCUUCUCGUGACCUGUUAUCGUAUGAUAGUUCCAGUCCAUUCGAGCAGAUUGUUCAUCACUCUGAAGAUCACGAGAAAAGAAGCGUGUUGCAUUACGAAGAUCUUAGUCCACCUAGCUACGAAGAUCAGACGCAGAACACCUCCAGCCGAAAGCGGAAGCAGUUUUGUCCUAGAAGAUUGCUGUCUGAAGCGGAAAGAAGAGACCACGAGGGCCUACAAUCCGUGGUAAUCGCUCAGUGAUAUUUUCCUAGAUUAAGUUAUCAUUACCAAAACGCACGGUUUCGUCAUCCUCAGACUCAGUCAUGACCGAGUCACUUUAAGAUCAUGAUUCGAGUCAAGUUUUUAUAGGCGCACGAAGAAUUUCUUUACGUUUAAGUUUCUUUUCUAAAACAGAAGUCUUCGUUAAGUUUGCUUCUCUUUGCUUGCAUUAUGUUAAAACUUUGACAUUUCUAAGAAUGAACCCUAAAAAUAAUGAAUUUAAGAGUUUUUGAUUGCGGACAAUAAAGAUCUGCAGAGUCCAGAAAAUUGUGGACCCCAGGAGCCUGUUUUUUAUGCUUUAAGACUCCUUCACGAAACAUGAGAUAUUUUACUCAACCCGAGGCUUGAUAAAACCAAAUACCUACUUAAUGUUUCGAAACUUUGUUUCAAGUCUGAUGUAAAGGAAGUAGCACUUUCCUUUAAAGAUUUAUCUCAAGAAAGCUUUCAUUUAAAUCCUUCCGCAAAACAUGUCCAGGAUUCCUUCUAACAAUAAUGAUGCUUACAUUGAUUUUCCCUCAAAAUUUGGUUGCUAAUGAAUUUUAAGUAUGUUUUUUACGUUCAUCUUUAAAUUCAAAUUUCAUCAGGGCUUGUUUCGUGUUAGGUGUGAAGUGUUUAAAUGCACGCAUAAUUUUCCUGUUAUUUUUCUCCAAUGCGAAAUAAAAAGAAAUACAGAAUUGACUCUACCAUUUUUAUGGUGUUGGCGCAUUCGUUCAUAGUAAAAGGUCGACGCAUAUUCCACUCCUGGUCUUAAUUAUGGCUCAAGAAUCCCUGAAUACUUUCAGUCAUGGCUCAUACAAGAAUUUCUGUAUCCCUUUUUAUGACACCGAUACAAUUGCUAUCAAAAUGCGAUUCCGUAGACUCUAAAACCUUUUCCACAUGUUUUCAAUGUUGCUGUCAUGCACAGCUCACAAUUCUGUUCAUUGUUACGAUUGCUUUCCUUGGUAGCUCAAAGCUAUAUUAUACCCUGUCUUUAAAAUUUUCCACCAAAGUUUAGGCCGUCGGAUCAAGCCCACUAAAAGUCCACUUUUUUUAAGACUCAUCAGAGGUUUAGACGACAGCGUUGGCAAUAAGCGCAGAAUGUAUUUAAAUGUUGUUUUGUCUAUCUUCCAAAGAAAUGCGGAACGUGGAAAGCAAAUAGUAAUAUUUUCAAUAUUUAUUGUUUGCAAUUAGACUUUAGUGAUGUAAUUCAAGAGGUUUUUCACAGCCUAUUUAUUUGAAAGAGCAGUUAAUUUAUCACUCAUAAAGCCGAAAACCCACUCUGGAAAAUGACCCGCGGAUCGGAUCAGAUUUUGUGUUGCGCACGCGCUUUGGAUCCAAAAAUGGUCACAUGACUGAUCCGCGACGCAUCGAAACGGAUCGAAAAAAAGUUGAAAUCAUUUCCACUUUUUUUAACCGUUCUGGUACAGUAGUUUUCAUUUUAUCAAAAUGAAAACUAAUUAUAGCUUUUUAAACAAUAGAACUUGCAUCAUGGGGCAUGGAUCCCGUGGGGAUAAAUGUAAACGUGCAUUCCAAUCUGAAACGAUCCGCGGAUCGAACGAAGUGAUCAGAACAACAUGAUCUGAUCCGACCCGCGGAUCGGUUUCCAGAGUGGGUUUUCGGCUUAAUGUAGAUAACUUUGAUCUCUUGCUUUUCACACGUGCUUCUGAAGAAAUUGUAUUAUUUCUUAUGUUAGGAAUGUCAGUUUUUAUAUAGGCGAAAUGCUAUAUUCUAGUUAUAAAGGUAUUUGCAAAGUUUGGUAUUGACUGAUGGUAUGAGCUUUUUUGCUCAUGUUGUGUUUGAAUUAUGUGAUGUUAGAAUGGGAAAUUAGGUUCGAAUUAUCAUAAUCUUGUAUUACAAGAAUUGUAAAUAUGUUAUAUUACACUACCGGUAUUUAUUAUCAAUUCAUAUUUAUGGACGCUAACGAAAGACUGAAUGUACUAUUUAUCAAAUCACGGUUCAUCGUGUAUCUACGCUUUUAGGAAACCUUUUUAGGCGGUUAAUUUUGGCAGGUUGAUAAAUUUUGCACACAAGUUGUUUUUCAAGAAACUGUUGAUAAAACAUCCAUAUUCACGCAGAUCUUUCUGCAUAAUCUUACUGAAUAAAUAAAUGAAUGAAUUAAUGAAUGAUAAAUGAAUGAAUGAAUUAAUUAAUUAAUUGAUUAAUGAAUUUUUGCAAUAAAAGUUGUCUAUUUUCACCUCGUUUUCCACAAUUUUUUGAAAGGAUAGUAUAGGAAGACGAAUAUAAAAUGAGAGAUGGUGAAAAUGUCUACAUAUCCUGCCAAAAAUGGCCACACUCCUUAUGCCUUAUGCCUUCCCUUUAUCUGCUAUGUCACCACAGCACGUGUAGCAAAAAUUAAUGCACGUUAUAUUUAAAGACAAUUAACCUGCUUAAGAUUUUGUCAUUUAAUUAUUGUAAUUAACUUUUCCACUUUCUUGUUUGGUAACACAACGGCCAUUUCCCUUAGCCAGGUGCCCCUGUUAUCAUGGCAGUUUUUUGCAUGUUCAUAAUUAACCUAUGGUCACUGCGCCUUGCUGAAUUUGGAAAAUAAUAUUUUGUUCUUUUAAAUACUUUCGUAAAAUAUCGAUAGCUUACAAAUUACUUAGUUUUCCUGAAAAACCGUUCCCAGUUUGCAAUUAAAUGCAUGCGUGUUAAGCGAAAAGUAACUUAAAGGGACGACAGGUCAACUUGUACCCUAUAAGCGCACUCUUGUUGAUCAGCAAGAUGCUUGCACUUUCCUUUGGGCUUGAAUUAAAGCCCUUUGUUAUAUUGGUAGUAAAAUGAAAUAAUCAUUACAGUUUUAAACUUAUUAUUUAUUUGACGUUGCGCGGGAAUCUCGUGUAUGUCAAUGUGUAUGACAUUCGUUGCAGAGUUGCAAAAUGAAUUACUAUUUAUGUGCUCAUUCAUUUUGAUGUCGAGUAAA